UCGACAAAAGGUUCACGGACAGACAGACAAACUGACACCUCGCGCAACAGUUUGUUGUUUUUUUUUCCGAAAAAUAAAAAACCGGAAGAAUCAAGUGCGGAAGUUAAAGUGACAAAAAGAAAAAAAUUUUUUUUUUUUUUUGCUAACAAUGUCCCUAAUUUUGAUUGGUAGUACAACUUAUUUUUUAAUUGCAAUUCUUUUAAUUGCAAUUUUAUUGAUACUCGCCGAUUAUAUGAGAUUGAGAAAAAAAAAUUUAACUGCAAAAACAAUUGAUAGUGUUGAAAAAAUUUUACCCGAACCACCUGGACCAAAACCGUGGCCUAUUUUAGGAUCACUUCAUAUAUUGGGACAAUAUGAUGUGCCUUAUAAAGCAUUCGCUGAACUUGUCAAAAUUUACAAGAGUCCAGUAUUAAAAAUGAAAAUGGGUUCUGUUAAUUGUAUUGUUGUAAAUGGAUUGGAGAAUAUUAAGGAGGUGCUCAUCAAUAAGGGGGCACAUUUUGAUUCGAGGCCCAAUUUCACGAGAUAUCAUUUGCUUUUUUCGGGCAAUAAGGAGAACUCGCUCGCUUUCUCUGACUGGUCCGAAUUACAAAAAUCACGUCGCGAAAUGCUUAGAGCACACACAUUUCCACGUGCAUUCACAAAAAAACAUCAUCAACUCAGCAAUAUUAUUUGUCAAGAAUUAAAAACCCUUAUUAAUGAAUUAUCAAUAAAAUCAAAUGAAACAAUUGAGGCAAAACCAUUAAUUCUUCAUACGUGUGCAAAUAUUUUUAUGACUUAUUUUUGUUCAAAAUCAUUUCCCAUUAAACAUAAGGAAUUCAAUGAAAUGGUUUAUAAUUUUGAUAAAGUAUUCUUUGAAGUAAAUCAAGGUUAUGCAGCUGAUUUUAUGCCAUUUCUAAUGCCAUUACAUCAUAAAAAUAUGUCAAGAAUGGCAAAUUGGAGUCAUUGUAUUAGAGAAUUUGUUGAGGAAUGCGUUAUAGAGGAUCGUUUUAAAAAUUGGUCAUCAACAAUUGAGGAGAAUGAUUAUGUUGAUUGUUUGAUAAAUCAUGUGAAAACAAAUACAGAACCAAAAAUGUCGUGGAAUACGGGUUUAUUUGCAUUGGAGGAUAUUAUUGGUGGACAUUCGGCGAUUGGUAAUUUUUUAAUGAAAGUUUUUGGAUUUUUAACAACACGAUUAAAUGUUCAAGAGGCGGCACAAAGGGAAAUUGAUCAAAUUGACAAUUUUGAGUGUACUAUUGGAUUGGAAUAUAGACGUUCUUUGCCCUAUAUUGAGGCUAUUAUUAUGGAGACUAUUAGAAUUAUUGCUAGUCCAAUUGUACCGCAUGUGGCAAGUCAAAGCAGUUCGAUUGCUGGUUACAGAGUGGAGAAGGAUACAUUUAUAUUUUUGAAUAAUUACGAUUUAAAUAUGUCCGAGGAAUUAUGGACAAAUCCAUCUGAAUUUAUUCCCGAUAGAUUUGUACGCAAUGGACAAUUACAAAAACCAGAACAUUUUUUGCCAUUUGGCGGUGGUCGAAGAUCGUGUAUGGGUUAUAAAAUGGUUCUCUAUCUUAGUUUCUCAACAAUUGCGAGUGUUUUGAAAAAUUUUACAAUUCUACCAAUUGAAACUGCAAACUAUAAAGUGCCAAUUGGUAAUCUUGCACUACCGGAAAAAUCAUGGAGUUUUAGAUUUGUGAGACGAUAAAAAAAAAAAAAUCAAUAUGAAAGAAAAAAAAAAAAAAAAAAACUGUCACUCUUCGCUGGGAAUGUGAAAAGUUUCAGAAAUAUUCAAAUUUUUCAACAAACCUCCGUAUUAUUGGACGAACUCUUUUUACUAAAUUAAAAAAAAAAAACAAACAAACAAAAAAGUAGCAACGUCCCUGUUACGGAAGGUUUAAAAAAAAAUGCGAAUUCCUUACGGAAACAAAUCAAGAGCUUUUUUUUUUUGUCAAAUUUUUUGUAAAAAAAAAAAAAAAAUUUAAUUUGACAUUUCUAAAAGAAUAAAGCUCAAAAUUUUUUUGUUUAAAUCUGGGGAAAGAAAAAAAAACCGCAUACAAUAUAGGAAUGAUAUUAUUAUUCUUGAAAAAAAAAAAAAAAAAAAAUCAGAUCGCUUUUUUUUAUUAGGGAAAAAAAAGCUUCUGAAUUAUAAAGAAAAAUGUGUAGAUUAUUAUUGUAAUAUUUAUUAUCAGAUUUUGUAUAGAUAUAUAAAGCAUUUAGGAAAAAUGUUAUCGUUCUCGUUUGCAUUUUUGUAAAAUAAAUGCGAAAAA